CCCAUCCCUCAAUAAUUGUGUUUUAGUGCCGUGACGCUGUGACACACGUUUCUCCCAACAAGUUUUGGAGCACUAAACAUUGCUCAAAGGAUUUGCUUUUCACAUCGAACGUAGUUCUAGGCAUCUGUUAUAGACUAACAUGAAAAUAAAGUCGAAAAAAUGUAGUCACUCACUUAGAAUUGUCCGAGAAUCUCAAAACUUCAAACUUUAUUAAAAAGCUUGUUUUGAGUCUAAACUUCAAAAGAAAUAUACCAUCUUGUAGUGAAUCGAAUUUUCUAUCGACUAAUGUGAUCUUCCAUUUUUUAAGGAAAGGUGUGUAGGUCAGGAAAUUGAAAAUACAGUUUUCAAAAAACGCAAAACUGGGUUUUUGCCGCCAAAAUUUAACUUUUUAAAAAAGAUAAUGUAAGAUUCGUAAUUGGCACCAAAAACUACUUCUAGUGAUGUGCUUCUUCCAGUUCUACCCUAAAAUAAUUUUUUCAAAAAAUUGAUCAGCGAAGUACCGAGUUACGUGGACAAGCCGUAGGCAUGGAUCGGUUAUUUUACCGGGGUGCUUGGGAGUAGUAGUUUUAAAAAUCGGAAAGACGUUCUAAAAUUUUUUCGAGUCUAUUGUUUUGUGCACAAAUGUUUGCUCUACAAUAUUUGCAAGACAUUACAGACUUUCUCAUGAUGCUUUGUCGAUGAGAUACAAAGUUUUUACAUGAAAAACUGAGCGGUUAUUACCCAGCGGUUAACAACCGCUCCUAGUUUAGAGAAAAAAAUUCAUAUCUCAUCGACAAAGCAUCAUGAGAAAGUCUGCAAUGUCUUCUUUUGUAGAGUAAACAUUUGUGCACAAAACAGUAGACUCGAAAAAAUUUUAGAAAGUUUGUCCCAUUUUUAAAACUACUGCAGGGCGAAGAUUUCACUUGAAAUACCUGAAAUGUUUGGAAAAACCUGAAAACCGAAAAUCUGGAAAUCGAAAAAGCAGACUUUUGUCAUAUUUUAAUUUUUUCUUGUUCUAUUUCUCAUUUUAAAAAAUCGAGUUACACAUGAAUCGAACGAGCAGAAAAAACUGCACAAGAUAGGCUAGUUUUAAGAGGUUCAACUCAAUAAUUAGUGGUAAAAAUAAUUCAGUUCAUAAAAUAAUCACGUCUUGAUAAUGACGACUAAGUCGUCGAAAUGUUGACAAACAAAUCCUUAAAAUGGGAACUCAAUCUUUAGCUGCUGUUAAACAGUCAGCUGCAUUUAACGGAUAAGGAUUCAGUAUUAAAAUAUAAGAAAGAAUAAGACAGCCAUUGGACCCACUAUAAAUGGAUACAUAGUGUGGUGACGAUGUGAAAUAUACUUCUUCACCGUAUCAUUCUUCAUCUCGUACACCAUUUGCAGCAAACCCAUUGGAUAUGAAAUACGGCAACGUCUGCCGACUACAAACAUACGAUGAUAUAGAAAUGAACAAUAGCGCCUACGUUUAUGCACGAUUUCAAUUUCCUUAAUUGUUCUACAUGGCAUGAAUCAUUGACAAAUUCUAUUUAACAGAGGCAACUUUGAUUAUUUUCAUUUGAUUGACAGGGAAAUAUAUCCGCCCGGUCAAAAUAAACGGAAAAGCUUGUUUUUCAUCGUUCUCCAUGACCAUGCAUUCUUUCGAUCUCAUAUUUCUACCACUGAUAGACCAUGCUCGAUUCUACAUGUGAACAAAGUUUCAGCUAUAUAGCUCAAGAAUUGACCGAGAACCGUUCCAAUCAAUCUCAGGUACUCAGAGGUGGUUGCGAGAAACAGAUGUCAUUUUCCUCGUUUUUCGAGUGUUUCUUUUGUAGUUUUGAGUGACAUGAUAUCGAUCAGUUGCCUGACGAGCAGCAUUCACACAUGCUGACAUCUUGGGCAAUGUUCACAAAAUGUGUGAACAGUGAUUAGUACAUCUUUCAACGAAUGAAUGAAUCAUCAAAACGGUUGUGAGAAAACAUACGAAUAAAAAACCAAGCGGCGAAACAGAGCUGCUGCCAUUAGUAUUCUUUCGAACCUUCCAACGCAAUCCAUUCAUGGCCCCAUAUCUAUCCCUUAGUGAGCGGUGGAGAAUCAUCACAUUACGAAAGGAUUUUGGAUUAUCGAUGCCAACUAUCGUACGUCGAUUGAAUUGCUCGUUAUCUACUAUUCAUCGAAUAUUGGACUUAUUUUCGAAAACAAAUGACGUGGCGGAGCGUGAAGGGAGAGGACGUAAACGAUCAAUACAAGGUUCAGUUCGACGGCAAUUUUGCGAGAUUAUGCGAGAGCAUCCUUCAGCGACAUCAAAGUUCAUCGCCGAACGACUGGGAUCAAGAAAAGGUGUAUGUUUAAGUGAUCGAACGAUUUGUCGAAUUCGUCGGCAAGAAAAUUAUCAUUCCGUCCAUUCAAAAAUGCACUGGAUAAUUAAUUCAGCUCAGGCCGCUCGUCGAUUCCAGUUUUCUGUCACACAUUUGUUCCACGAUUGGCAUGACGUCAUUUUUACGGACGAAAAGAAGUUCGAGAUCGAUCAACGUGGACAAGUUUAUUGGGUCCCGAUCUUUGGUACAAUGGUCGGUCUAAUUUGA